UGGUCCAAGAUGGCUUUGGAUACCUCCACACUGGACAGUACCCAAGUUCAACUGCUUGCUGAAGAGUGCAUUCUUGUCGAUGAAUCUGACAAAGUUGUCGGCUCAGAUACAAAGAAAAACUGUCACUUAAACGUCCAUAUAGAAGCUGGAAAAUUGCACCGUGCUUUUAGUGUGUUUCUGUUCAACUCUGAGGGGAAGUUAUUACUGCAACAGCGAUCGAAAGCAAAAAUUACUUUCCCCGAAUGUUUCACAAACACUUGUUGCAGUCACCCACUCUACAGACCUGAAGAGCUUCAAGAAAAGGAUUUUAUUGGAGUGAGAAAUGCUGCACGACGGAAGUUGGAGCAGGAGCUGGGAAUUCCACAAGAGGAGAUUUCACUAGAUGAUCUCAAGUUUCUGACCAGAAUCCACUACAAGGCCUCCUCUGAUCCAGUGUGGGGUGAGCAUGAAAUAGACUACAUCCUCUUUGCUCAGAAAGACGUGACGAUUGUCCCCAACCCUAAUGAAGUCAUGAGCCACCAGUUUGUAGAUGCUCAGGAGUUGAAGGCACUGCUAGCACAAGGGGACAGAGGUGAGGUCAAGAUCACUCCAUGGUUCAAGCUCAUCUGUGAGAGUCUACUCUUCAAGUGGUGGGACGGACUUAAUUGUUUGGACUCUUUUGUGGAUGAGAAAACUAUUCAUAGAAUGAUCGAACCAUAGAAUUGUUUUAUUUAUGUAUUUUAUUUUAUUUAUUUUAUUUUGUGCAAACUUUAAGGGUG